CGCAAACUAGAGCAGCACAUCAGCGCAUCUCCCAUCCCAACACCGGCCCACUCCGACCGAUAAUUUCGAACCCCCCCAACGCCCCCAGCCAGAGGCGGCACCUGUUUGUGCGCACAGAACCAAGAUGGCGGCGCGAGGACUCAACUUCGUGUACUCGGCGGCAGUCCCGGCGGCGGUCGGCUACUACCUGCUGCAGUCGUCCAUGUACGAUGUCAAGGGCGGCACCCGUGCCGUCAUCUUCGACCGGCUGUCGGGCGUCAAGGAGACGGUGGUCAACGAGGGCACGCACUUCCUGAUUCCGUGGCUGCAGAAGGCCAUCAUCUUCGACGUCCGGACGAAGCCGCGCAUCAUCCCGACGACGACGGGCAGCAAGGACCUGCAGAUGGUCAGCUUGACGCUCCGGGUGCUGCACCGGCCCGAGGUGCAGGCCCUGCCCAAGAUCUACCAGUCCCUCGGCCAAGAUUACGACGAGCGCGUGCUGCCGUCGAUCGGCAACGAAGUGCUCAAGGCGAUCGUGGCGCAGUUCGACGCGGCCGAGCUCAUCACGCAGCGCGAGGCGGUGUCGCAGCGGAUCCGGCAGGACCUGAUGAAGCGGGCAAGCGAAUUCAACAUCGCGCUCGAGGACGUGUCCAUCACGCACAUGACGUUCGGCAAGGAGUUCACCAAGGCGGUCGAGCAGAAGCAGAUCGCGCAGCAGGACGCCGAGCGGGCGCGCUUCAUUGUCGAGCGGGCCGAGCAGGAGCGGCAGGCCAACGUCAUCCGCGCCGAGGGCGAGGCCGAGAGCGCCGAGACCAUCAGCCGGGCCAUCGCCAAAGCGGGCGACGGCCUGAUCCAGAUCCGCAAGAUUGAGGCCAGCAGGGAGAUCGCCCAGACGCUGGCGAGCAACCCGAACGUGGCGUAUCUGCCCGGCGGCAAGGGGACCAACCUGCUGAUGAGCGUCGGCAGGCAGUGAAUGAGAGAGAGCCGGCGGAGGCGAUGGGACGGUAACCGGCGGUCGCGAUGGGACGGUAACCGGCGGUCGCGAUGGGACGGUAACCGGCGGUAGCCGGGCGAGACCGUCUAUGUAUUACUAUUACUACUCUAUGACUGCUCUUCGUUCCCCGCUUCGGAUUUUCAGGAGAAUGGGAGUACCGGUUUUGAGGUUGAGCCUGGUUCUCUGCCCUGGUUCCUGGGUGCUUGGAUGCAGUGCACUUCACGGCGGUGAGUCUUGGGCUGCAGCGGGACACCGGUGAACUGUCUUUUUACCUCAG